GUUGGACAUGGCCCAUGUAGUUGGCGACGUCAGCCGCUGACUAGUUGACGGAAUUGGGCCUGUUCCGCACCUCCUCUCAAUGCGUCGAUAUGUCCUGGCAAUGAAUGUGAUCGUAUGCUGCCUCGUCCGUCUGCUCACACGUACAUAAGGCAGCCGUACCUCGCCACGAUCGGUUCACACCAUCAGCAUUGCUCUCACGAUGGGAUCCAUUCACCGCACUGAUGACGAGCUCCAGCUCCAAGCCCUUGGCCAUAAGGGUGAACUCCAGCGCAACUUCUCUCUCCUCUCCAUGCUGGGUCUUGCCUUUGCUAUCCUCAACUCCUGGACUGCUCUUUCCUCUUCGCUCUCGCUAGCUCUUCCUAGCGGCGGCUCCACUUCAGUCAUCUGGGGCUUGUUGACUGCUGGUAUUUGCAACUUGGCUCUGGCCGCAUCACUUGCAGAGUUCCUCUCAGCCUACCCUACCGCUGGCGGACAGUACCACUGGGUCGCCGUUAUCACACCGAAGAAAUGGGUCCCGCUUGCAUCCUGGAUUACCGGCUGGAUCAAUGUCUCAGGAUGGAUUGCUUUGACUACCUCAGGAGGUCUGCUGGCUUCUCAACUCAUCGCUGGCCUUAUCUCACUGUUCCACCCUGACUUCACCAUCAAGCCCUGGCAACAAUACUUGAUAUACGUGGCUUGGACACUCAUUGCCUUCGUCGUCAAUGCCUUCAUGAACAGGCUCCUCCCGUACGUCAAUCGGGGUGCUUUCAUCUGGUCUAUCGGCGGUUUCGCCAUCAUCUGCAUUACAGUUUUGGCCUGCGCAUCACCCAACUACGCUUCUGCCGAAUUUGUCUUCACUGAGUUCAUUAACGAGACUGGAUGGCCUGAUGGCAUCUCCUGGCUUCUGGGAUUGCUGCAGGGUGGCUUCGGAAUUACUGGAUACGAUGCGGUUGCGCACAUGAUCGAAGAGAUUCCCAAUGCCAGUGUGGAAGGACCCAAGAUCAUGAUCUACUGCGUCUGCAUCGGAACAGUUACUGGCUUUAUCUUCCUGAUGAUCUUACUCUUUGUCUCCGGUGGCGAUGUAAAUGCGAUCAUCGAGUCGGCAUCCGGACCCCUGGUGCACAUCGUCUACACCGCGACAAACAACCGCGCCGGAGCUGUUUGCCUGCUGAUGUUCCCCUUGAUUUGCAUUCUCUUUGCGGAGAUUGCAAUCAUGACGACUUCCUCCAGGAUGUCGUAUGCUUUUGCCAGAGAUGGCGGGCUCCCAGCCUCAAAGAUCUUUGCGAAGGUGGAUAAGCGGCUAGACGUACCACUCAACUCUCUGAUCCUCGCCGCUGGUCUGACGCUCUUGUUCGGACUGAUUAUGAUCGGUUCCAGCAGUGCUUUCAAUGCCCUGAUUGCUGCUUCCGUCGUUGCCCUUGGUGUAAGCUAUGCCAUCCCUAUAGCCAUCAACGUCUGCCGCGGAAGGAAGAUGCUACCUGCUCGAGCCUUUUCACUGCCAAAUUGGCUGGGCUGGGUGGCAAACCUGCUUGGUCUGGCGUACGCGAUCGUUACCACCGUCCUCUUUGUCUUCCCUCCGGAGCUUCCCGUGACCGGCAGCAACAUGAACUACUGUAUAGUCGCCUUUGGUAUCAUUCUCUUUAUCAGCACGAUCCAGUGGUUCGUCGAUGGACGGAAGAACUUCACUGGCCCACGAGCCGACAUGAGCUUGGAGGUACUCGAAGCCAUGAAAACUCAAACAAAUGAGCCCCAAGCAACGCCUCAUACCGAUCCUAAGCUGGCCAAAUUCGGAAUAUAGACAGCGGGGCUCCGAUACAAUACAUCCUUUCACCCACUCAUAUGUCUCCGCUGAUGCUUACUCGACCUUCACUUAACGCAGCUCUAGCGUGUAUGCCAAGAAUGUGCCCAUAGGCCGCAGUCAAUACCAAGCCGCGCCAACUAGCUUCAUCUUGUCAAAUUCGAUCACCCAACCGAACGCGACUCUACCAUAGCGGCUUCCGGCUGUUCUUGCAUUGAUCUAACAAUACCAUGUCACUCAAUCCUUUGCGCGUCGUCAAGGGGCUUUGGAGCCGAC